UAAACAAGAUAAUUAAGAACGGUAGACUGAGUCAAGCAUUGAUUAGUGUAUUCAAAUUCAAAGUUUAAAUUUAAUUAUGAAGAGUGAACAGAAAAUCUUUGAAAGAGAUCACAUCCCAUGCAGCUGAAGGUUGACUCAGAGCAACAUUAAAUUCCCAAUCCCCAACUUUUUAUUCUGAUGAAAUAUCAAUUACCCAUUUUCUUUUGCUUCAAUUUUUGCUCCAAUCUCUGUCUGGCCGAUGAAAUCCUUUGCAUCGUCGGAUUUCACUCUCCAGCGACCACUGCGGCGGUCCGAUUUCCUCUUCCGCCUCCGGCUACCGUUCGUAUAGGUGAUUGAGGGAUUAAAGGGGGCUGAAAUCGGAGGCGAAAUGUAUAAAAAUCAGCUUCAGGAAUUGGCGCAGAGGAGUUGCUUUAAUCUUCCUUCUUAUUCGUCGGUUAGGGAAGGGCCUGAUCAUGCUCCGAGGUUCAAAGCUUCCGUUAACUUUAACGGCGAGAUCUUCGAAAGCCCUAACCAUUGCCCUACUCUCCGGCUGGCUGAACACUCGGCGGCCGAGGUUGCUCUCAAUUCCCUCGCGAAUCGCGGUCCAUCUCACUCGCUUGCCGCUCGGAUCCUGGAUGAGACAGGGGUUUACAAGAACCUCUUGCAGGAAAUUGCCCAGAGAGUUGGGGCUCCAUUGCCACAGUAUACAACAGUCCGGUCAGGACUUGGACAUCUGCCUGUUUUUACAGGGUCUAUAGAAUUGGCUGGAAUCACGUUCACUGGGGAACCUGCCAAGAACAAGAAACAGGCAGAGAAGAAUGCAGCCUUGGCAGCUUGGUCGUCUUUAAAACAACUGGCAAAAGAAGCGGCCAGUUCAUCGGAAGUUGAAAGCAGUGACGAGCCAGAGCAGGUUAUGAUAGCUCGAGCAUUAUUGAACUAUCGUUUAAAGGAGAAGAUGUUCAAGACUAACCCAAAUGUCCCAAUGCCAUUCCCAAAGAAGCUUUCAUUUCAAAGUCCAAGGGCAACUAGUCCGCAACCUCCCCCCGCUACCACAUCCAAAAUUCUACCUUUCAUUUGCAAAAAGCCAAUUUCUCGAAGCAGACUACCACCAACAGAAUACAACAGCCCUACAUUACCAUCACAUCCUCGUACAGCCUAUGGGUGUCAUCCUCAAAAGUUCCCUGCACCUGGAGCAGUUCCUUAUGUCCCGAUUCGACAAUAUAGGAUGCCUAGUCGGGGAAUUGUACCACCUGUGACUAUAAGAACCGCUGUGCCUGUUUACGCUGCACCGCCAUUCACACAACCACCCAUUGUACACUCCCAGGUGCGAACUUCCCAACACAUUCGAAUUGCCCCCCCUGUCUCAGUUAGACAAGCUAUUCCAGUUUUUGCUGCUCCUCCACCAUUGUCCAGAAAGGAGCUCUCAGCUCUUCACAAAGGAGAUUCCCUCACUGUCGAUAAACAAGAUCCGUCAACCACUGCCGUAGAGGGUUCUGCCAAUACCUCGAAAGCAGAUCAUUCAGCUGCAUCUGACCCAGUCUUGCUCACGAGAACUUCUAUUCAAGUACCGGAAGCUCAGAGUACAAAUGCAACCAGUUUGGAUGAAACCAAAACUGUUCAGCAUCUGAAACAACUCAAAAUCCAAUAGGUUGUCAACUUCGUUGGAUAUAUACCAUAAGAUGUGACAAUCUCAGAUCAUCCAAUGUUGUUAGAUUAAUGUUUUGUUUAAGUGUCUUAUGUACUAUAUCGACAGUUUUGCCUUUGCCAUAUAUGACCAAUAGUUAGCCCCAAGGUAAACGAGAGGGCAAAAUUUCCUUGUAAUCGGCUUUAUCCAGUGGCAGUAAUGUUAAUUGUGAAGUCCUUCCCCUUUAGCUAUUUACC